UCUGUGUCUGAGUUGAUGGAGAGAGGCAGGGAGGGAGGGCUGAAAGGGACUUCCAGCCCACCGCCGACUUCUCGGGAGUUUUCAGAGCUCGGUGGGAGAGAUGAGGAGCUGCUCUCUCCUUCAUGACGGAGUGAAGACGAGAUAAAAAAAUUAAAAAAAAUCAACGGAGAAUGGAGGAAAGACGCAGCCUCUCCGUUUUCACAGCCAUGAAAUGUUCGUCCUUCGAUGCUCGUUUUACUUUCAACUAAUUACGAGGUCCGGGCGUCCCGCGGUGAGUUGCUUCCAGGCUGCCAUGAACGAGAAGUGCAACUGAAAAGAUUUAAAAGUGCAUUGCAUGGGAAGUCAGCUGAAGACACCAGACUCUUCUCUGCAAUGACCUUCAGUGACAGCAACCGUGGUGAUUUGAAGAUGAAUGUCAUACUCCUUCACUAUAACCACACUGGAAAGCUGGACCACCGGCUGCUGAGCUCUGACACAAACUCUGGAACUUUGGAUAUCAAAAUCAUCGUCUUCCUCAUCAUUUGCAGCUUCAUCGUUCUGGAGAACCUCACCGUCCUGGUGGCCAUAUGGAGGAACCACAGGUUCCACAACCGAAUGUACUUCUUCAUUGGGAACCUGGCACUGUGUGACCUGCUGGCUGGAGUCUCCUACAUGGUCAACUUGCUCCUCUCUGGGGAUAAGACGUUUGAUCUCUCACCGACUCUGUGGUUUAUCAGAGAGGGCAGCACAUUUGUAGCACUCAGUGCCUCCAUCUUCAGUCUUUUGGCCAUCGCCAUAGAGAGACACCUGACUAUGAUCAAAAUGAGACCUUAUGAUGCCAACAAGAACUACAGAGUGUUUCUGCUUAUAGGGACCUGCUGGCUGAUUGCUGUGAUCCUGGGAGCUUUACCCAUCUUGGGUUGGAACUGCAUUGGCAAACUCCAAGACUGUUCCACAGUCCUGCCUCUUUACAGCAAGAAAUAUGUAGCUUUCUGCAUCACAGUUUUCAUAACCCUGCUUUUAGCCAUGUCAGUCCUUUAUGCUCGCAUCUACAUCCUGGUAAAAUCCAGCAGCCGAAAGGUGAGUAAGCACAGCAACUCUGAGCACGCUAUGUCCCUUCUGCGCACCGUCAUUAUUGUAGUUGGAGUCUUCAUCGCCUGCUGGACACCCCUCUUCAUCCUGCUCCUGGUGGAUGUGGCGUCUGAGCAGCACUUUCCAGUCCUCUACCAGGCUGACUGGUUUAUAGCACUGGCUGUGCUCAACUCGGCCAUGAACCCAGUCAUCUACACUCUGGCCAGUCGCGAGAUGAGACGGGCCUUCCUGGCUCUGGUUUGUGGCGUUUGCUACAAGAUGAAGGUGUCGGUGAGUGGCAGUGGGAACAGACAGUCCCUUGAGCCCAGCCGGAGCAGGAGCAAAUCAUGGAGCAGUCAGAACAACCAGAACCAGCAGAGGGGCCAGGAGACGGACACUGGAACGAAUAGAGAGGAUGCUCAGGAGGGUGUUUAGAGUGGUGGGGAAAACUGAGAGAAGAGUUCCAGAAAUCAAUCAAAAUGUGGAAAGAUGCUUGAGAAAUGAAGUCAGUUUAAUAUGAAGCAAAUCCAAUAUGAAGAUUGGACUAUACAGUUGCUCCUGCACAGAAGUUUCAGUUUGGUGACUAAUGUUUACAUAUCUUAAGCAUCUGUAAUUGAGACCAGCACAGUUACUGAAUGUUACUACAGUAACAUUCUCAAUAAUUGAAUGCUGUUACAUUCACUAACUGUGCUGGCAAGUUUUACCUCCUUGUCAAGUCCUGAAAGAAACCGAAUGUGUUCAAAUGGGAUCAUUAAAAUUACAGGCAACUGUUUAAAAUAUAAAGAAAGACCAAUAUUAUUAACAGUGCAUUUCCAGAGAACAGUGCAGCUCAUUACUAGAUAAGAUUUUAGUGAUCAGUAUUGUAACAUCUGAAUAAAUUGUGCCUCCAUUUUGCAACAUAUUUUAGAAAGUGCAAUUAGAGUUCCACAACAAACUGAAGCAUGAUUGUAGGAAUAAAACAGCUAACUGUAUUUAUGGAUGUAUGUGUUAUGCAUUUAUAUAUACAUAUACAUAUAUAUAUAUAUAUAUAUAUAUAUAUAU